GCGGCGACGUGGGACGUCCGCGUCCUGUACGACGGCGACUGCCCGCUGUGCGUCCGCGAGGUGAACUUCCUGCGCGCGAAGGACGCCGGGCGCGGCCGGCUCGACCUCGUGGACAUCGCGAGCGCGUCGUACGACCCCGCGUCGAACCGCGGGAUCGACUUCGAGACGGCGAUGUCGACGAUACACGGCGUCACGCCCGAGGGCGACGUCAUCACGGGCAUCGAGGUGUUCAAGCGCGCGUACGAGGCCGUGGGGUUGGGGUACGUGUACGCGUUCACGUCCGUGCCGUGGCUGGCGCGCGCGGCGGACGCGGCGUACGACUUCUGGGCGGGGAAGAGGCUGGCGGUGACCGGCCGAGCGUCGAUGGCGGAGGUGAGAGACGCGCGCGAGCGA